CGCUUUCCUCUCAGGCUGCAAUGUCCAAUGACAUACAGAAGGCAGACCAGAUCGCCUACCGCUUCUACACUAAGCUAGCCCUCGUCCUCGCAAAUGCCCGCCAGACGAACGAGCCACAGUCGUCGCGUACUCAGACCAAGACCGACAAAUGGUUCAACAUUGAGACUCCCGACUCCGACCUCUACCGCGACCACCUCCGCACAUACCGUUCCAUCUCUUCCUCUGCUUCCUCGUCGUCUUCAUCCCCCUCCUCGUCAUCACCAGCCCCAGGCACCCUCGUCCUCGACGUCCUCCUCGCCGUACCCGAGCACACAGGCCAUGCAACCAGCCACGUGCUCGUCUACCACGCACCAGACUCGUCCCGCGUGCGCGUCGAGCCCACCAGGCGCUUCGUCCUCCUCGAGAGCUGGACCCUCGCCUUCUCCCCUGGCUCUGCGUCUUCCUCGCCAUCUAUAUCCGCAGCCAGCUCCGCGGCAUCAUCCAGCUCCGCGAGAACAGGAGACACGAGCACGACCUCGAGCGUAUACGAGACCGAGGGGGGCGCGUCGGCGGCUGGGAGCACAGAGGGUGGUGCGGUGGCUCCGUCGACGACGUACAAGCACGGCAUUCCGCUCUUCAGGAGCCUCUACACGCUAUUGCGUAUUCUCCCUGCCUGGCGCUUCUUCAAGUUGCUUCGCGGGCGACGCAUGCCCGGGCCUAAUCGGAAUGGGUUCCUUGGUAUUGAGUUGAGAGUCAGAGGACUCGACACGCCUCCCCCUGAGGACAUUCUGGACUUUGACACACGGAUAUCCCCCGGCCACGCACCCCUCCCGACGUCGUCACACGUCUUCCCCAGCAUCCCGCACCCGCUCGGCACCCUCACGCUCUCAACACGCUACCUCGACAACCCAGCGUUCCAGCUCGACUCGCUCGAGUCCCUGCUCUCCUCGCGCUUCCUCUCGCUCGACGAAGGACCCGAGUUCACGCCCACCCUCGCCCGGCAAUCUCAGUCCCAGUCCCAAUCCCAGUCACACCUGUCGUCCCAGCAGCAGGCGCAGCAAGGCGCAACGGCAGCGGGCCUGAGCCGCAGCCCGCCCCGCGCAUACGGCGCAGGCGCAGGCGCAGGCGGACACCCGAGCAGCUUCCCCCGGACGCCCGUCUCAGGCCUGGCGCGGUCCCCGCCCAAGAGCCCGCGCAGUCCGCUCUCGGCGAGCGCAGCGGCUAUCGCGGAGCAGUUCGUCAUACCCCGCGAUAGGGACAGGGACAGGGAUCGGGAUACGUCGAUGCACGCGCGGACAGUGUCGGUGCCUGAGCAUCAUCAGCAAGCGUCCGGAGGGCAGAUGGGGGCGAGUCCGAGGGCGGCGGCGGUGCCGCUGACUAGGACGUCGACGCCUGGGGGAGCUGCGUUGGGUCGUGGAGAGGGAGGGGGAGGUGCGUCGGUGUUGAGCGUGGCGUCUUCGUCGAGGCCCGAGUCGAGUGCUGCGUGGACGGGCUCGCGCGUCGGAGGUGCGGGUGCGGGAGGCGAGGACGCUCUGUCGGGGCUGGCGGCGCGGAUCCGGAAGGAGAGUCUGGGGACGCGGAGCAGUGUCGAUCUCCCAGGCUCACCGACAACCGCAUCAGGCGCGGGUGUGCCCAUCCGUCGACCUGGCCUGUCACCCGUGAACCCGUUCAAGAGCGGCACACUCUCCUCCGGCUCGCCAUCGCUCCACUCCCCGUCUCCAUCACUGCGGCAGUCCUCGCCGCUCGCGGCAGGCUUACCCUCGCGCGCAGGCGGGGCGGGUCUCGUCGGACAGGGCCCCACGUCGCCCGCGGCGAGCACGUUCUCGAAUUUCCCCACUGUAUCCUCGGCCACCCCCGGUACUGGUGUUGGAGCGGGAGCAGGGACCGGAACGGGGACUGGGACUGGGACAGGAGCAGUCAUGAUUCCGAGCUCGUUGGGCAACAGACCGAGUCCGCCGUUUGCGCCGAGCUCGCUCGGGGCGCGGUCGACGGCCAGUGCGGAGGGCGGCGAGGGCGGUGUGCAGGGGGCGGGGGCGGGGGUGCCAGCAAGAAAGCGGUAUUCGAGCAGCUUUGGGCAUCGGUAUGCGGGGAGCGGGGCGAGUAAUGUCAGUGCGGGGAGUGGGACGGCGGGUGGGGCGAUGGGGGCGUCGCCGUCGUCUGCAGGAGGGGUUGGUGCUGGAGGUGUUGGAGAAGGCAGGCCUGUGAGCCCUGCUGCUGUCGGUGGUGGUGGUACGGGAGGAAGACAGAGUGUAGGGGCAGGGGGUGUAGGAGGACCGGGCCAAGGACCGGGGAGAGAGGCGGGUGCUACGCCACCGCCGACGUACCUCGGCGCCCCGACGGACGACGACGACAUCUCGCUCUUCGUACAGGACAUCGACGCCCGGCGCCCCUUGGGGCUCGGUCUCGCUCCCGCCUCGCUGCGCCCAUCCAGCAGGGGCGGCAGGCAGCAAGGAUCCGAAGACACAAUCGGCCCUCCUUCGUCAACGGAACAACCGGCCGCGCACGCUCCUUCCUCGCCGUCGGGUCUUGCGCGCCACACCGCGGGCAUCAGAAUGCCCAGCGGCGUCCCGAGCGAGGUGCCCGAGGCGAGCGAGCCCGCGAGCUCGGCGCGUAACUCGUCGUUUGCCCAGUCUGCGCGGACGCUGGCGAACACGCCGUCGCGGCUGCAGACCCAGGUCCAUACCCAGUCCCAGGUCCAAGCACAGGCUCAAGUGCAGGCCCAGUCGUAUUCGACGGCGCCGGGAUCGCAGGUGGUAGAUGGCGCUGCUGGGUCGAGGGGCCCGGUGGCGACGCGGGAGGCGGAUGUAGACGCGCAGCUUGCGCAGAUGAACGCUGCGUUUUUGGCGUCGCUCGAGGGGCUGGGUGCGCCUUCGUCGCCUGCUUCUAGCAGCCAGCCCUCUGCCCAGGGUGGAAGCGGCGGCAACGGCGGCAACAGCAACGGAAGCGGAAGCGGGAACGGCAUCGGCCUCCCGCCGUCGCUCUCCCCGCGUUCGUCACCGAGACAAUCGCCCCGCGGCGGACUGACGAGUCUGCCGAGCGAGAGCUCGCCACUGGCGAGAGACCGCGGUGCCGUGUCUCCUCCCCCAUCUUUCUCGUCCGCCACACCGGGCUACACACCGCCGCCCCCGCCCCCACCGAUGAGCCGCAGCCCAAAUUCGUCCCCUGCGCUGCGCACCGUCGCGCUCGGACGCGCAUCGUCGCUCCGCCGGGAACGCGGGGACAGCUACAGCUACAGCUACAGCAGCGGCGGGCUAGCGCCAGACGCGAGCGUGACGAGCGCGCGCAGCGGCGGCAGCGGCGGUGGCGGGAGCGGGAGCGGCGGCGGGGCGAGUCAGGGCUCGAGCGAGGUGAUUGGGGUGCUUGAGCUGGAUGCGGAGGAGCGCGAGCGCGUGAGGCGGGCGACGGGCGGGAGGCGGUGAUGUCUCCCUCCUGUUGCUGUUGUUGUUGUUGUUGUUGCUGUUGGAUUCGUGCGGGUGGUUGGUGAUUGUGCGUUGUCUGCGGUUGUGCGUUGCGUUGUGCGUUGCGUUGUGGUUGUGAGCCCUGGGUUACGGGUUAUGUGUGAUUGGUUGUUGUCGGUCCCGAUCUUUCUUUGCUCGCCCCGUCGAGGUCGGUUGUAUACUUAGAUUCGUCUGCUGUCGGACACUUUCCUCGUCUCGUCUCUUCCAUAUCUCCUCCUCUUCAUGUCCCCACGUUCCACUUCUCGAUCUGUCUUAGUAAGAUACUCGCCUUAUUUUAUGACUCCCAUCCAUCCAUCCAUCCAUCUCAUGCCUGUCCGCUGCACUUACACUUUACACUUUUUACAUUCCGCAUCCACUGUCCACACUUUACGACUCACCACAUAUAUUCACUUCACGACCCCCCACUACCUACGGUACUAGUACUCCGCAUACCCAACCGUACUCUACCUCGCCCACCCUAUACGCACUCACCCAUCCUCGUCCCCAUCCUCAUCGAUGUUAUAUAUUGUUCACUAGUGCGGCGUAAUACAGGUUAUC